ACUCCUUGUCCCUCUGCCACCAUCAUCUCAAACGGCCAUCGCGGACGCUUCUCGCUCAGCUCGCUCAAACACUUUUCCUGAAUAUUCUAUCUGUAGCUCUUUGUACUUUCGAAGAAGAUGAACGCGAAUCUGGAGGAAGCAGCAAGCAUUGCGGCGGAAUACAUUUCUAGUUUGGACAACUUGCCAAACGAGACGCAACAUCUCCUCGCAGAGAUCAAACACCGCGAUAUUCGUUCGCACGAACUACAACAAGAGAUACAGAAGGAAAGUGCCAAGUACAUCCGACAUUCACUGCGAUCGUCUGCCCCGGGCCAGAUCCUCUCGCCGAAGGAUGGCGCGAUCCCACACGCCAUCGCCGCUCACUAUGCGGAAAUCGACCAGCUUGCCGCGGAGAAGAUAGCGCUCUCCGAACGGAUGGUGAAGCUGGUCCAGCGGGCGCGUGCGCGGUUGGAUCAUGACUUGAGCCGGGUGCUCGUGCUUCAAGGCGACGUGGCGCCAGAAGUGCAGGCUGGCUAUUACGCAAGCCUGACGCCCAAGACGUCGGUUGAAAAAAUCAACGAGAGCCUCAAGAGCGCAAUUACAAUUAGAGAGGCAUCCCCGUCGCCGGCGGCGAGCUCUGGGCCUCUGCAGAAGAGGCGGCGGGUGGGCGCAACGGCGUCCGCGGGGAGCAUUAAGCUUCCGAGCCCCGCGCCCAUGUCGGUAAGUAGUUACGGCAUGGGGCAGCGGUCCAGGUUGUCGCAACAGGUACACACUCGCCAGUCGCCGCUACGCACGCGGCGCGUGACGGCGUCUGUCGGGCUGGAUGCGGAUGAAGAUGCGGAAGGUGAAGAGGACCUCGAGGAAGGGGCAGAAGAAGGGGGUGACGCAGAGGAUAAGGAGCUGUACUGUUUCUGCCAGAAAUUGUCCUACGGGGAGAUGAUCGGAUGCGACAACCCCAACUGCCGGUACCAAUGGUUCCACCUGAACUGCGUGAAUUUGAAACCGCCACUGCCCGAGAACUGGUUCUGCGAGGAAUGCACAGCGAACAUGAAGAAAGGGCUUGGGGGAGGCGCAGUGGGCGGUGGGCGCAAGGGGCGAAAGAAGUGAGAGGAUGGCGAGAUGGGGCGGAGGUGAAACGGACGGAGGAGGCACUGCGGUGGCGGAGGAGUGCUGGCCGAGAUAGGCAGGAGAGGAUCAGACAGGGGAGGAGCCUGCGUGUGGCACUGUGGGCGCGCGGGAGCCGGGGGAGGGGACGAGGUAGACGCCGGGGACUGGGAGGGGCGGGGAUUGGACGAGGGCGGUCGCUAUGGAGUAACAGAGACGGCGGCAGCAACCGAGAGAUCUUCGGCGGGGGACAUUGAAUCGAGAGAUCUCUUUGAGAUGAGAGCAC